UGCCCUCUUCCCUGAUGUGGUGAACUGUAUGCAGACGGACAACUUGGAACUGAAGAAACUGGUGUAUCUAUACUUGAUGAAUUAUGCCAAGAGUCAGCCUGACAUGGCCAUUAUGGCUGUCAACACCUUUGUGAAGGACUGUGAGGACCCCAAUCCCCUCAUCCGAGCCCUGGCUGUGCGGACCAUGGGCUGCAUCCGCGUUGACAAGAUCACAGAGUACCUGUGUGAGCCACUCCGGAAGUGCCUAAAAGAUGAGGAUCCAUAUGUGCGUAAGACGGCAGCUGUGUGUGUGGCCAAGCUCCACGACAUCAAUGCUCAGCUGGUAGAGGACCAGGGCUUCCUGGACACCCUUAAGGACCUCAUCUCCGACUCUAACCCCAUG